GGGUAGGCAGCUAAGCUGCACUCCAGUAGCAUCAAGACUUGAAUACAAUGGGAGGCCACAAAGUUGGGAGACCACCCUUCCUGAAUAUUGUGUAUGAAGCAAAUGGCACCUUUGCCGUCAAUCUUUUAAAGAUGUUAUGUAAUAACAACCCUUCCAAAAAUGUAUGCUAUUCUCCCAUCAACAUCUCCUCUGCUCUAGCUAUGGUCCUCUUGGGAGUGAAAGGAAACACCAAAAUCCAGAUAUCUGAGGCAAUAGGCUUAAACACAGCGAUAGACAUUCAUCAGAGGUUCCUGUGGAUUCUCAAUAUCCUGAAGAAGCCAACCAGAAAGUAUACCUUCAGAAUGGCCAAUAGGCUCUUUGCAGAGAACACUUGUGAAUUCCUCCCAACAUUUAAGGAGUCCUGUCUUCAGUUCUAUCACUGGGAGAUGGCGCAGCUCCCCUUCACCAAGGCUCCAGAGGAGGCCAGGAAUCACAUAAACACAUGGGUCUGCAAAAAUACCAAAGGGAAAAUUCCAGAAUUGUUGUCAAGUGGCUCAGUUGAUUCAGAGACCAGGCUUGUACUUGUCAAUGCCUUAUAUUUCAAAGGAAGGUGGCAUCACCAGUUUGACAUAAAGUCCACCAGGAAAAUGUCCUUUAAAAUAAACAAGGAUGAGAAAAGACCAGUGCAGAUGAUGUUUCAGGAAGACAUGUUUAAGCUCGCCUACGUGAAUGAGGUGCAGGUUCAAGUGCUGGUGCUGCCCUAUAAGGGCAAGGAGCUGAGCUUGGUGGUCCUGCUCCCGGAUGAUGGUGUGGAACUCAGCAAGGUGGAAGACAAUCUCACUUUUGAGAAGUUAACAGCUUGGACCAAACCAGACUAUUUGAAAACCACUAAAGUUUUGGUUUUCCUUCCAAAAUUUAAACUGGAAGAUUAUUAUGACAUGGAGUCCAUCUUUCAAGACUUGGGAGUAGGGGAUAUUUUCCAAGGGGGCAAGGCUGACUUAUCAGAAAUGUCUCCAGAGAGAAGCCUGUGUGUGUCCAAGUUCAUUCAAAAGUGUGUUGUGGAAGUUAAUGAAGAAGGCACAGAAGCUACAGCAGCCACAGCUGAUGAUACUGUAUGUUCAGCUGAAACUCAUGAUGGCCAAACUUUCUGUGCUGACCACCCUUUCCUUUUCUUUAUCAGGCACAACAAAACCAACAGCAUCCUGUUCUGUGGCAGGUUCUCAUUUCCAUAAAGACAUAUUUACUAUGUGAAGGAGAGUUCUCUAUUCAGCAUAUUAACACUCCUAUAGCUCUGUGAGAAUGGAUAAGUAGGGGCAAAACACCUUCCACAAUAAGGGCACUUUCUUGUUUGGACCCUAGUCUAUUGACACCCACAUUUAUCUGUCCCUACCCUGACACUCAUCUGUGCCCUUUGGUAAGCCAGAGUUGCUUAGUUUCGUGUUGUGUUUAGAAUCCAAAGAUAUUCUACAAGAUAGCCUACAAAGUUCUCUAAGGCAAUCCUGAAUAAAUGUCAGACUCACUGCACAAACUAUGCCAACUAUAUACACUGCUUUCCUGGCAUAUCAAUCUUGCCAUAUCUUGCCUUACCUUGAUUACAUCCUAGUAAAUGCUUCCGUGAACAAUGACUGCUACUGAAGUUUUCUUGGUAACUAGUCUCUAAUGUAAAAUUUCCAUUUAUAUUCUUUGCUGUUCACUACCCAUCAGGUAUGUGCCUAACACUGUGUCAGGCUUGCAAACAGGUACAGACAGUAUGAACUUCUAACAACUGAUCUUUACUAUCUCCUUUCAACUUAUCCAGCUGUUAUGAAAACUAGUUUGGACUACCAUGUUCUCCAUGCUUUAGUUGAGUAUUUGAUUUCUCUACCAUGCAAUGUAAUUGCUAAAUUGUAUACUCUUCAAAUUUCAUUUCAAAAUAUAUUUUGUUUUCUCACUGUCA